CAGCAUAACUUUAAACAUGGCACCUAUUAUCUUUUACUCAAGGAACAUGGCAUCUUUCUAUUAAAAGACAGAGAGCUACACAAAAUAUACUCGGAUUUGCAUACCAAAAAUAUUACUUCAUAUUUCAUUUUUAGAACCUAAAAAACUCCCAAAUAUUAGCUAACAAACUUUUGUAAUUUUGUUUAUAAUUUAAAAACAUUUUUUAUAAUAAAUUUCAUUCGAAUCUUCAGUGUUUAGUGUUUGUGAAUGUUUCUUUUUUAGUGUCAGUUAAAUUCCCGCCUUCAUUACAAAAAUGGCAAAUAUACAGUUAGAUAAGGAUACAUUUUUUCGUCGUAUGAAAAGAAUUUAUGCGGCGUGGAAAAAUGUUGAAAAUGGAAAUGAUGAAUCAUUUUCUAAAAUGGACUGUUUAGUUACGGCAGUCGGAGUUGAUGAGGAAAUUGUUUAUAGUAAAUCCGCUGCGUUACAGACAUGGCUAUUAGGAUACGAAUUAACAGACACAAUAAUGGUUUUAACCCAUGAAGCUAUAUACUUUUUGGCUAGUAAAAAGAAAAUUGAAUUUUUGCGACAAGUAGAAAAUGCAAAAGACGAAUCAAUACCAUCUGUAAAAUUACUUGUUCGAGAUCGAAAUGAUAAAGAUAAAGAAAAUUUUAAAAAAAUAAUCGCAGCAAUUAAACAAAGUAAAAAUGGGAAAACAUUGGGUGUGUUUUCUAAAGAUAAUUAUCCUGGUGAAUUUAUGGAUGCUUGGCGUGCUGCUAUUAAAGAAGAGAAUUUUGCCACAGUAGAUGUGAGUGCAGCUGCUGCUUAUAUAAUGUGCCCAAAAGAUGAUGCAGAAAUUAUUACUAUAAAAAAAGCCUGUAUGGUCUCAGUCGAUGUUUUUACAAAGUAUUUAAAAGAUCAAAUUAUGGAAAUUAUUGAUUCAGAUAAGAAAGUAAAGCAUAACAAAUUAGCAGAAGGUGUUGAAUCCGCCAUUACCGAUAAAAAGUAUGUAACUGGUGUCGAUACAACUCAAAUUGAUAUGUGUUAUCCAGCAAUUAUACAAAGUGGUGGAAAUUACAAUUUAAAGUUUAGUAUUGUGGCCGAUAAAAAUGUGUUACAUUUUGGAGCUAUUAUUUGUUCACUGGGGGCACGGUACAAGUCGUAUUGUUCGAAUAUCGUUCGAACACUACUCGUAAAUCCAACGCAAACGAUCCAAGAUAAUUAUAAUUAUUUAUUACAAGCGGAAGAAGAGCUAUUGAAGCAACUAACUUCUGGAAAUAAACUCAGUGACGUGUACGAAUCUGUUAUCACAUUUACCAAAAAGGAAAAGCCACAUUUGUUGGAUCAUUUAACAAAAAAUUUUGGUUUUGCAAUGGGUAUUGAAUUUCGGGAAUCAUCACUUUUAAUUGGCCCAAAAACUACGGCCGUAUUAAAAAAAGGAAUGGUGUUUAAUUUAAACAUUGGUCUGUCCAAUCUACAAAAUAAUGAAGCUCAGGAUAAAGAGGGUAAAGUUUAUGCAUUGUUUAUCGGGGAUACAGUUAUGGUAAAUGAUAAUAGUCAACCGGCAUCGAUUUUAACGGUAUCGAAGAAAAAGAUAAAAAAUAUUGGGAUAUUUUUAAAAGAUGAAGAUGAAGAGGAGGAAGAGGAAGUUGAGGAUACGAAAGCAAAAAGUAAAGAGCCAGAAAUAUUAGCGAAAGGUCGUGGAAAGCGAACAGCUGUAAUUGAAUCGAAAUUACGUACGGAACAUUCAUCUGAAGAAAAACGUAAAGAACAUCAAAAAGAAUUAGCCGCACAAUUAAAUGCUAAAGCAAAAGAACGUUUAGCAAAACAGUCAAGUGGUAAAGAGACAGAAAAAGUACGAAAAUCCACAGUAUCAUACAAAAAUAUCAAUUCAAUGCCGCGCGAACCUGAAGUUAAAGAGUUAAAACUUUACGUCGAUCGUAAAUAUGAAACUGUAAUCUUACCAAUAUUUGGUAUUCCAGUUCCAUAUCACAUCUCUACAAUAAAAAAUAUAUCACAAUCUGUGGAAGGUGAUUAUACAUAUUUACGUAUAAAUUUCUUUCAUCCUGGUGCAACCAUGGGUCGAAAUGAGGGUGGAAUGUAUCCUCAACCAGAUGCGACAUUCGUUAAAGAAGUCACAUAUCGUAGCACAAAUACUAAAGAACCCGGUGAAAUAUCUCCACCAUCUUCAAACCUAAACACAGCAUUUCGUUUAAUUAAGGAAGUACAAAAGAAAUUUAAAAAUCGUGAAGCUGAAGAACGGGAAAAAGAGGAUUUAGUUAAACAAGAUACUCUAAUCUUAUCUCAGAACAAGGGUAAUCCAAAGUUAAAAGAUUUAUACAUCCGACCCAACAUUGUUACAAAACGUAUGACUGGCUCUCUUGAAUCUCAUACAAAUGGUUUCCGUUACACAUCCGUGCGUGGUGAUAAAGUUGAUAUCCUCUACAAUAACAUUAAGAACGCCUUCUUCCAGCCAUGUGAAGGUGAAAUGAUAAUUUUACUCCAUUUCCACUUAAAACAUGCUAUCAUGUUUGGUAAAAAGAAGCAUUUGGACGUCCAAUUCUACACAGAAGUCGGAGAAAUUACCACAGAUUUAGGAAAACAUCAACACAUGCAUGAUCGCGACGAUUUGGCAGCAGAACAAUCGGAACGUGAGUUGCGGCAUAAAUUAACAACAGCAUUUAAGAGUUUUUGUGAAAAAGUUGAACAGAAACAAGAAAUCGAAUUUGAUACACCGUUUCGUGAACUUGGUUUUCCUGGAGUACCAUUUCGUAGUACAGUUUUAUUACAACCUACUAGUGGAUGUUUAGUCAAUUUAACUGAAUGGCCACCUUUUGUAAUCACCUUGGAAGAUGUUGAAUUGGUGCAUUUUGAACGUGUACAAUUUCACUUGAAAAAUUUCGAUAUGGUGUUCGUUUUUAAGGACUACCACAAAAAGGUCGCCAUGGUAAAUGCUAUACCCAUGACUAUGCUGGAUCAUGUCAAAGAAUGGCUGAAUUCCUGUGACAUUCGAUACUCUGAGGGUAUACAAUCGUUAAAUUGGACCAAAAUUAUGAAAACAAUUACCGACGAUCCUGAAGGAUUUUUCGAAAAUGAUGGUUGGACAUUCUUAGACCCAGAGAGUGACGAAGAAAAUGGCGCAAACGAUGAUGAUGAAGAUGAAGAAGACGAUGCUUAUGAACCAUCAGAUUUAGAUAGUAAUAUGGAUGAGAGUGAUGACGAUAGUGAAUAUUCCGAGGGAGAUACAGAGGGCGAUUCAGAAGACUCUGAAGAGGAGUUAGGUAGUGAUGAAGAAUCUGGUAAAGAUUGGUCCGAUUUGGAACGUGAAGCGGCUGAAGAAGAUAGGGAACGCCGAACUUAUGAAGAGGAAGGUGGUUAUGCUGGAGCUAAAUCUAAAACUUCAUCAAGUAGUCGACAUCGAGGAAGUAGCAGUUCGAAUCGACAUCAUUCAUCUUCAUCAAAUAAACAUUCGUCAAGUAAUAACAAGCAUUCAAGCUCGUCGCAUCAUAAAAGUAGUAAAUCGUCAAGUAAUGACAAACAUCAUAGUUCAUCAAAACACUCAUCUUCAAAUAGUAAACAUCAUUCAUCGUCAUCAUCUAAACAUAGUCCAUCAAAGAAUAAUAGUAGCAGUCGUGAUAAACAUCAUAAAAGUUCAUCAAGUGAUAAAAAACGAUCACGUGACCAUAGCGACGAUAGAAAUCACAAAAGUAAAAAAUCCAGGAGAUCAUAAAAAUUUUCGAAACUGGAAAUUAAAGUUCGAGUUUACACCACUCGAAAAUACACGAAACUUUUAAAUAGGGAACAGCAAAACCUAUUGGCGUUUUAUUAUUAUUAUUAUUAAUUAUUAAUUAGUGAUUGAACUAAUCGUUAAUACAGAAUGUCUCAAUAAAUCCGAUAUAUAAAUGAAGAAAAAUAAUUUACUUUUUAGCAAGUAAUAUUUUAUAAAUUGUGAAUUGUGACUCUGCAGGUAUGAAUCUGAAGAAAUAGUACAUUCCAAGGAAGCCUUCAUGAAGUCCUAUGGCUAAUAUUUUAUUUCAUAUUCAACCACCUGUAAAUUAUAUUUCGUACCAUAAUAAAAGAUAUUAAAAUGUUAUUA